GCGCCGGGCGUCUGCACUCGGGAGGCCCCGCUUGUUCCCCGCGCCCGCGGCGGUCCGCGUUCCCCGCCUCCAGCCCGCCUCCAACUUGCGGCCGCCGGGCUUGGCUGCGAGAGCGCCGCGAAGAGGCAGCGGGGCGCGGGUGGACUGGGGCUGGAGGUGCGCGUCCCGUGGGGUGGCAAGGCGGCAGCUCCUGGCGCUGCGGGCGUCCUCACAGGAACAGACUUUGACCCAGAACACAGAACCUCACUUGUCAACAAGAACCUUCUGGAAGAGAAGACUGGCAGAAUAUUUUUUAAGUACUAAGACUUGCCUGUGAUGUGGUCUCUGCACAUAGUACUAAUGAGGUGCUCCUUCAGAUUGACCAAGUCCUUGGCCACAGGUCCCUGGUCACUUAUACUCAUUCUCUUUUCUGUACAAUAUGUAUAUGGGAGUGGAAAGAAAUACGUUGGUCCUUGCGGAGGAAGAGAUUGCUCUGUUUGCCACUGUGUUCCUGAAAAGGGGUCUCGGGGUCCACCAGGACCACCAGGGCCACAGGGUCCAAUUGGACCCCUGGGAGCCCCAGGACCCAUUGGGCUUUCAGGAGAGAAAGGAAUGAGAGGGGACCGUGGCCCUCCUGGAGCAGCAGGGGACAAAGGAGAUAAGGGUCCAACUGGUGUUCCUGGAUUUCCAGGUUUAGAUGGCAUACCUGGGCACCCAGGGCCUCCUGGACCCAGAGGCAAACCUGGUGUGAGUGGCCACAAUGGCUCAAGAGGUGACCCAGGGUUUCCAGGAGGAAGAGGAGCUCUUGGCCCAGGAGGCCCCCUAGGCCAUCCUGGGGAAAAGGGAGAAAAAGGAAAUACAGUGUUCAUUUUAGGUGCCGUUAAAGGUAUUCAGGGAGACAGAGGGGACCCAGGACUGCCUGGCUUACCAGGAUCUUGGGGUGCAGGAGGACCGGCGGGUCCCAGAGGAUAUCCUGGAGAGCCAGGGUUAGUGGGACCUCCGGGCCAACCAGGGCGUCCAGGUUUGAAGGGAAAUCCCGGUGUGGGAGUAAAGGGGCAAAUGGGAGACCCGGGUGAGGUUGGUCAGCAAGGUUCUCCUGGACCCACCCUGUUGGUAGAGCCACCUGACUUUUGUCUCUAUAAAGGAGAAAAGGGUAUAAAAGGAAUUCCUGGAAUGAUUGGACUGCCAGGACCACCAGGACGCAAGGGAGAAUCUGGUAUUGGGGCAAAAGGAGAAAAAGGUAUUCCUGGAUUUCCAGGGCCUCGGGGGGAUCCUGGUUCCUAUGGAUCUCCAGGUUUUCCAGGAUUAAAGGGAGAACUAGGACUGGUUGGAGAUCCUGGGCUAUUUGGAUUAAUUGGCCCAAAGGGGGAUCCUGGAAAUCGAGGGCACCCAGGACCACCAGGUGUUUUGGUGACUCCACCUCUUCCACUCAAAGGCCCACCAGGGGACCCGGGGUUCCCUGGCCGCUAUGGAGAAACAGGGGAUGUUGGACCACCUGGUCCCCCAGGUCUCUUGGGCAGACCAGGGGAAGCCUGUGCAGGCAUGAUAGGACCCCCUGGGCCACAAGGAUUUCCUGGUCUUCCUGGGCUUCCAGGAGAAGCUGGUAUUCCUGGGAGACCUGAUUCUGCUCCAGGAAAACCAGGGAAGCCAGGAUCACCUGGCUUGCCUGGAGCACCAGGCCUGCAGGGCCUCCCAGGAUCAAGUGUGAUAUACUGUAGUGUUGGGAACCCUGGACCACAAGGAAUAAAAGGCAAAGUGGGUCCCCCAGGAGGAAGAGGCUCAAAAGGAGAAAAAGGAAAUGAAGGACUCUGUGCCUGUGAGCCUGGACCCAUGGGCCCCCCUGGCCCUCCAGGACUUCCUGGGAGGCAAGGGAGUAAGGGAGACUUGGGGCUCCCUGGCUGGCUUGGAACAAAAGGUGACCCAGGACCUCCUGGUGCUGAAGGACCUCCAGGGCUACAAGGAAAGCAUGGUGCCUCCGGACCACCUGGCAACAAAGGGGCGAAGGGUGACAUGGUUGUAUCAAGAGUUAAAGGGCACAAAGGAGAAAGAGGUCCUGAUGGGCCCCCAGGAUUUCCAGGGCAGCCAGGAUCACAUGGUCGGGAUGGACAUGCUGGAGAAAAAGGGGAUCCAGGACCCCCAGGGGAUCAUGAAGAUGCGACCCCAGGUGGUAAAGGAUUUCCUGGACCUCUGGGCCCCCCGGGCAAAGCAGGACCUGUGGGGCCCCCAGGACUGGGAUUUCCUGGUCCACCAGGAGAGCGAGGCUACCCAGGAGUUCCAGGCCACCCAGGUGUGAGGGGCCCUGAUGGCUUGAAGGGUCAGAAAGGUGACACAAUUUCUUGCAACGUAACCUACCCUGGGAGGCAUGGCCCUCCAGGUUUUGAUGGACCUCCAGGUCCGAAGGGAUUUCCAGGUCCCCAAGGUGCCCCUGGGCUGAGUGGUUCAGAUGGGCAUAAAGGCAGACCUGGCACACCAGGAACAGCGGAAAUACCAGGUCCACCUGGUUUUCGUGGUGACAUGGGAGAUCCGGGUUUUGGAGGUGAAAAGGGGUCCUCCCCUGUUGGGCCCCCAGGCCCUCCCGGCUCACCAGGAGUGAAUGGUCAGAAAGGAAUCCCGGGAGACCCUGCAUUUGGUCACCUGGGACCCCUGGGAAAGAGGGGUCUUUCAGGAGUGCCAGGGAUAAAAGGACCCAGAGGUGAUCCGGGAUGUCCAGGGGCUGAAGGGCCAGCUGGCAUUCCUGGAUUCCCAGGUCUCAAAGGUCCCAAAGGCAGAGAGGGACAUGCUGGGUUUCCAGGUGUCCCAGGUCCACCUGGCCAUUCCUGUGAAAGAGGUGCUCCAGGGAUACCAGGGCAACCGGGACUCCCUGGGUAUCCAGGUAGCCCAGGUGCUCCAGGUGGGAAAGGACAGCCGGGAGAUGUGGGGCCUCCCGGGCCAGCUGGAAUGAAAGGCCUCCCCGGACUCCCAGGACGGCCUGGGGCACAUGGUCCCCCAGGCCUCCCAGGAAUCCCAGGUCCCUUUGGAGAUGAUGGGCUACCUGGUCCUCCAGGUCCAAAGGGACCCCGGGGGCUGCCUGGUUUCCCAGGUUUUCCUGGAGAAAGAGGAAAGCCUGGUGCAGAGGGAUGUCCUGGCACAAAGGGAGAACCUGGAGAGAAGGGCAUGUCUGGCCUUCCCGGAGACCAGGGACUGAGAGGGGCCAAAGGAGCCAUAGGACCUCCUGGAGAUGAAGGAGAAAUGGCUAUCAUUUCCCAAAAGGGAACACCUGGGGAACCUGGACCUCCUGGAGAUGAUGGAUUCCCAGGAGAAAGAGGUGAUAAAGGAACUCCCGGGAUGCAAGGGAGAAGAGGAGAGCCGGGAAGAUACGGACCACCUGGAUUUCACAGAGGGGAACCUGGUGAGAAAGGUCAGCCAGGGCCUCCUGGACCCCCAGGCCCUCCAGGCUCAACUGGUCUAAGAGGGUUCAUUGGUUUUCCAGGACUUCCAGGUGACCAGGGUGAGCCAGGUUCUCCAGGUCCUCCUGGAUUUUCAGGAAUUGAUGGAGCAAGAGGACCUAAAGGAAACAAAGGUGACCCUGCCAGUCACUUUGGUCCACCUGGUCCGAGGGGUGAGCCAGGUAGCCCUGGAUGUCCAGGGCAUUUUGGAGCAUUCGGAGAGCAGGGCUUGCCUGGUAUUCAAGGGCCCAGAGGAUCACCUGGAAGGCCAGGGCCACCUGGCUCCUCUGGACCACCAGGAUGCCCAGGUGAUCACGGGAUGCCUGGGCUGAGGGGACAGCCAGGAGAAAUGGGAGACCCUGGGCCAAGAGGCCUCCAGGGGGAUCCAGGGAUACCAGGUCCUCCGGGAAUAAAAGGUCCCUCCGGAUCACCUGGCCUGAACGGCUUGCAUGGAUUGAAAGGUCAGAAAGGAACUAAAGGUGCUUCAGGUUUGCAUGAUGUGGGGCCACCUGGUCCAGUGGGAAUACCUGGGCUAAAAGGGGAGAGAGGAGACCCUGGGAGCCCAGGAAUCUCUCCUCCAGGUCCUUGUGGAGAAAAAGGUCCCCCAGGUCCCCCAGGGAGAUCAGGACCACCUGGUCCUGCAGGUGCCACAGGAAGAGCUCCUAAGGACAUUCCUGACCCGGGUCCACCUGGAGAUCAGGGACCUCCUGGUCCUGAUGGCCCAAGAGGAGCACCUGGGCCUCCAGGCCUCCCUGGGAGUGUUGACCUUCUGAGAGGGGAGCCAGGUGACUGUGGUCUACCAGGGCCACCAGGUCCCCCUGGCCCCCCAGGCCCUCCAGGAUACAAAGGCUUUCCAGGAUGUGAUGGAAAAGAUGGCCAGAAAGGACCAAUGGGAUUCCCGGGACCGCAGGGACCACAUGGAUUUCCUGGGCCACCUGGAGAGAAGGGUUUACCUGGACCUCCAGGGAGAAAAGGGCCCACUGGUCUUCCAGGUCCCAGAGGUGAACCGGGGCCACCUGCAGAUGUGGAUGACUGUCCCCGAAUCCCAGGCCUUCCUGGGGCGCCAGGCAUGAGAGGACCAGAAGGAGCCAUGGGGCUCCCUGGAAUGAGAGGCCCCCCAGGACCAGGGUGCAAAGGAGAGCCUGGGCUGGAUGGCAGGAGGGGUGUGGAUGGCGUCCCUGGGUCUCCUGGGCCUCCCGGACGUAAAGGUGACACAGGAGAAGACGGCUACCCUGGAGGACCAGGGCCUCCUGGUCCCAUUGGGGAUCCUGGGCCCAAAGGGUUUGGCCCUGGAUACCUCGGUGGCUUCCUCCUGGUUCUCCACAGUCAGACGGACCAGGAGCCCACCUGCCCCCUGGGCAUGCCCAGGCUCUGGACUGGGUAUAGUCUGUUAUACCUGGAAGGGCAAGAGAAAGCUCACAAUCAAGACCUUGGUCUGGCAGGGUCUUGCCUUCCCGUGUUUAGCACGCUGCCCUUUGCCUACUGCAACAUCCACCAGGUGUGCCACUAUGCCCAGAGAAACGACAGAUCCUACUGGCUGGCCAGCGCUGCGCCCCUCCCCAUGAUGCCACUCUCUGAAGAGGCGAUCCGCCCCUAUGUCAGCCGCUGUGUGGUAUGCGAGGCCCCGGCCCAGGCGGUGGCGGUGCACAGCCAGGACCAGUCCAUCCCCCCAUGUCCGCAGACCUGGAGGAGCCUCUGGAUCGGAUAUUCAUUCCUGAUGCACACAGGAGCUGGGGACCAAGGAGGAGGGCAGGCCCUUAUGUCACCUGGCAGCUGCCUGGAAGAUUUCAGAGCAGCACCAUUCCUUGAAUGCCAGGGCCGGCAGGGAACUUGCCACUUUUUUGCAAAUAAGUAUAGCUUCUGGCUCACAACGGUGAAAGCAGACUUGCAGUUUUCCUCUGCUCCAGCACCAGACACCUUAAAAGAAAGCCAGGCCCAACGCCAGAAAAUCAGCCGGUGCCAGGUCUGCGUGAAGUAUAGCUAGAGAAUGCGAAAUUCACCAACACGUGGCCAAGAGAAACUUCCUAGGGGGCUAAGACUUCCUAGACUGUGCUAAGAGACGUCAUGGUGCUCAUUUUGGACUCCCUUUCAGUGGUUCCUUCUGUUUUGUCGUGGUUAUUCCCAGAGUCCUCUGGUUCCUUACACAUUAAGCAAAUGCUGCACGGAUGGAUUUGUUUGGACCUUCCAAUCUAGAUGGAACCUAGAUACUCUUAUUUUACUGAGGAUGAUCGAAGAACUGGCUUUAUUUAAAAAUAUGCUAAUUCUCAGAAAGGCAAGUAGAUGAUAAAGGCCAGAUUACAAAUUACAUUCUGAAAACUUCAUUCGUGGGUUAACAGUAUCUCAAACAAUUGAAGUCAAUUACUCUAUAAUACAGUGGGCUUCUGGAUGGAUUUUAUAGGAAAAAAUAAACAGGUCAAUGAAUGAAACUAGAAAGCAGAGAUUUUCAACAUUUCAAAAUGAUUUCCUCUGUAAUCUAUUUUUCCAUAUACUUUAAAUAAUGGUAAAACCAUGACCCAAAGAGAGAUUUUUUUUUUAAAGAAGAAAAAAAAAAUUCACACUGCCAGCGUUAACAGUUCCUUUCAAAGGAGAAUGAAUCAUGAUGGCAGGAAGGCCCACAGUCGCCGUAUUCCAGAGAUGCGACAUUAGCAUAAACACAUCACAGAUGAAUAUAAAACAUUAUGUUCUCUUCUGCAUUUUUCAGAGAAUAGAAAUGCCUACUUUGGCAACCCUUUUGAAAAGUAGCAAUUAUGGAAAAAAAAUAUUCAAUAAGAGAUUAGGAGCCUAAAAGCUAUUAGUGAAUAUUAAGGUAGUUAUUCACAAAAAUUGACUCCCCAUUGCAGUGAACUUCCAGACAGACUGCUUUUCCCCAGUCGGGGUCCGGCGUGUCACCGGUGCGUGCGUGCUAAUGGGACUGGCGCUACAUGGGGCUCACUCAGGCAGGCACGCGCUUCAUACAAAGCAUCUCACUCCCCUCCCCAGGAGAGCCUGCACAGCUUCUUGCACUCACAACGGACACUUUGCUCCACACACAUAAUGGCAGCUCACACAGGGACGUGACAGAGCUAUCAUUAUGCACUUGGGAGAAAAUUAAGGGCCGACUUAAUUAAACUUAGGUAAGAAGAUUCAUUUAAGUCAGGGUUACCCCAUCAGGAGGACAUGGCACUAUCUUUAAACGAAACAAAGACAAUUUAUAAUUUGAAUUUUAUGCUCCCGUGGUUGGCUGUUACAGGAGCAUCCCAUUUUGCCAAUUUUAAAGACAUUCUUAUAUUUCAUAUCAGUCUUGUACCAAGGCAACAGUUUGACAUUUGGCAUUAGUAUUUUCUAAAAAAGUUUAGAAUGUGUGUCAAUUUAUAAUGAUUAUUUUUUCUGUAAAGCAAAAGAUCCCUUUUUCUAUUUUGCUAGGAAUUUGGUGAUCUAAUCCUAAAUUUAAAAGAUUUGUUGGAAAAAAUUUUUAGGAAACUCACCUUCCUCAUCUAAAAGAAAAAGGCAUUUUAGAGAAAACUAAAGAAAUUUCUCAGGAGCGUGACACUCAUUUUAGUGCUUUGUUUCCGUGCACUUAAAAAUAAUUGAGAAGAAAAACUCAAUUAAAAUUUUGUUUAUAAGAAAUGUUUUCCUUGCCAAACCUUGAUUUGUAAUGAGCUCUUAUAUGCAGAACACAUUUCAAAUGAGUUUUGCUAUGGGCUGCCCCCGGGGUGGCAAUUUAUUUUAAGAGUAUUUUCUGGUAAAAAGAAAAAUGUGUAUUUUAAGAUGAAAUAUUUUCUUGAUGUAGCAGAAUAUUUCCUAGUUCAUUUGACCCAUUUGAUAUUUUUUAAACCAUGCUCUGGCAUGUUGAAUAUUUUUGUGCACCUAAAACUUAAGCCAAUUUCAAUCUUAUUUGUGAUUACCUUUCUCCUUCCAAAAAAGUUUUAUCUAUUACCAAAAGUCAACCCUCCUAAAAGUUCAACUUGUUCAUCUUGAACUUGGCCUGAGAACAUUUUCUGGGAAGAGGUAAGGGUGACAAACGGAACAUCAGAAACGUAUCUUGCUUGCUAAUUAUUUUAAACACUUUAAUGUUGGUACUAGAAUAUUAUCUUCAUAAGUUAAUACAUAAGUAAAAAAAAAAUCCACACAAACACAGGCUAAAUUAUGUAGACAGUUUACUCCACAGUGAGCUUGGGAAGGUAUCAGACUGUUCAAAAUGUUAGUAUUACAAGAGCUGUCUCUAAAUGCAGCAUUAACACUGCCCUCUAAUUUUACAGAAGUA